AUGGCAGCUGGCUUCACUGGUCCUCAGAUCUACCAACAAAGCUUUGAUCCUCAGGUCUACUUAGAAACCUACUAUGGUGCUGUGACAGGGGUCUUUAUUAAAGAUGGCUACCUGGACUUCAUUUUGAAAAAACUGCAUAAAACUUUCACUACAGGUGGCGUUAGAGGGGAGUCGAUGAUUGAUAUUGGUCCUGGCCCUGCUAUUUACCAAGAACUGUCUGCCUGCGAGGCUUUUAAGGAGAUUACAGCAGCCGAUUACACUGAUCGCAACAGAGAAUACCUGGAGAGAUGGAGGAAGAAUGAGCCAGGGCUGUUCGACUGGACACCAGCUUUGAAGCUUGUUUGUGAUCUAGAAGGUCGCAGUGGAAAGCUGGCUGAGAAGGAGGAGAAGUUGCGGAAGACCCUGAAGAAAGUGGUACCUUGUGAUGUGACCAAGAGUAAUCCUCUCCAUCCACUUGUCUUACCUAAAGUGGACUGUGUCCUGACCAUUGGCUGCCUGGAAUGUGCCUGCAAAGAUGAAAAGGCGUAUGGAAAUGUUAUUAAAAACCUCUCCUCUCUAAUAAAAGUGGGAGGUCAUCUAAUCAUUGGUAGUAUAUUAGGUAGCACCAUAUUUAGAUGUGGAAACAGUCAGUUCUCUCUCAUAAAUCUGAGUGAGGCUUUCCUUAGGAAAGUGGUAACAGAUACAGGCUUUGUCAUUGAAGACCUUGAAGUUCUGUCUAGAGAGUUUGAUAAACCCAUGUUUGAUAUCUGCAAUCAUACCUCUGGCAUUUUUAUCCUAGCACGCAAGGUUAAGGACCUAUAAGGGGACA